CCUUGCGAGCUCCUCCGAGUUGUAAUUUGACAGCGAGCAGUGAUGUUUGUCUAAGAGGAUUGGUGGCCAGAAAUAAGCCACACUGUCUAAUGAGACACAGGGACGCAGCUGGGCAGGCUGCCAUGGCCUUUCUUGCGUGCGCCUUUCUCAUAAGCAACAUGGCCUCGUGCUGAAGAGGAUGGUCACAAAGUCUGAGGAACCAGAGGUCAGCGUGGAAUUUUGGGAUUUAAUGGAGAAGAUCCAAGUAAGCCCUGUAUUUGGAAAUGAGUGAAUCUGUGGAACUGUGAUUUCCUGCAAAGCAAAUGGGGAAUGUCUGUGGAUGUGUAAGAGCUGAGAAGGAAGAACAAUAUGUAGAUCCUGCCAAAACUCCUUUCAGCCCCGAAAAAUACUCUCCCGGAAGAAAAUAUUUCAGAAGAAAACUGAUCAAGAAAGUUGUAGAUGACACAGAGCCAGUCGAGCCAAACCAUGAAAAUGAAGGAAAGCAGAGAAGCAGCACUCGGCUCUCGAGGGAACAGCCAGCUCUUUCAUCCCGGCGACUGGUACGGGAAGAAUCCGCUACCCCAGCCCUCACACGGGAAGGUGGUAUUCAACCAGGGAAGACAGACGGAGUAGCUGGCAGUGUGCAGCACAAACUUCUGCCCGGUGCUGCGAGCAGUGGGUCUCACCGGGUGAACAUCUCUCCUGCUAAAGACAGUGAAACAGGAGCCAAAGUCAGUGAGCAGGAUGAAAGGAUUUCAGAAAAAGACAGCGCUCCGUACGGUGCAAAGGGGAAGAAACACUUAGAGGAUGUCAGCCCAAGAGACAUAACAUUCCAGAGCAGAACUGACCUUUUUCCUUUCCCAAAGGCAGCCAGCUUAAAUCCCACCCACUGUGCUACAGAGAGAUCACUUGAAGAAAGUGGGUUCUCGGAAGACCCAUCCCAAAAUGAUAGCAGUGGGCAAGAAAAGCCAAACACUGAGAGAUUUCGCCCGCAUGCAAUACAGCAUUUUCAGGUUGAAAAAAAGACAUGUCAUUCCCUCUGUACUAAUGUGCCCUCUACUUCCAAGGACACAGGUGAAAAUGAGAUAUCUGAUAUCCAUGUUACUGGAGAGUCAGAGGAUAUGUCUGCGAAAGAAAGAUUGCUGCUCUGGACACAGCAGGCAACAGAGGGUUAUGCUGGCAUACGGUGCGAAAAUUUCACUACCUGCUGGAGAGAUGGAAAGCUGUUUAAUGCCAUCAUUCAUAAAUACAGGCCGGACCUGAUAGACAUGAAUACUGUUGCUGUUCAAAGCAACCUUGCAAAUUUAGAGCACGCUUUUUAUGUAGCAGAAAAAAUUGGCGUUAACAGACUCCUGGAUCCUGAAGAUGUUGAUGUUUCCUCUCCUGAUGAAAAAUCCGUAAUAACGUAUGUGUCAUCUCUCUAUGAUGCAUUUCCCAAAGUCCCUGAAGGUGGUGAAGGCAUCGGUGCAAAUGAUGUUGAAGUCAAAUGGAUUGAAUAUCAGAAUAUGGUGAACUACCUCAUCCAGUGGAUUCGACACCAUGUGACCACAAUGUCUGAGAGAGCAUUUCCCAAUAAUCCCGUAGAACUGAAGGCACUUUACAAUCAGUAUUUACAGUUUAAAGAAACAGAAAUUCCCCCAAAGGAGACAGAAAAAUCAAAAAUCAAACGCCUAUAUAAAUUAUUAGAGAUUUGGAUAGAAUUUGGACGCAUCAAACUCCUUCAAGGUUAUCAUCCAAAUGACAUAGAAAAAGAGUGGGGGAAGCUCAUCAUUGCCAUGCUCGAGAGGGAGAAGGCGCUGCGUCCAGAAGUAGAAAGGUUGGAAAUGUUACAGCAGAUUGCCCACCGAGUUCAAAGGGACAGUGUCAUCUGUGGAGACAAACUGAUACUUGCUCGAAAUGCUCUUCAGGCUGAUUCUAAAAGAUUAGAAUCGGGGGUGCAGUUUCAGAAUGAAGCAGAAAUUGCCGGCUAUAUACUUGAAUGUGAGAACCUCUUACGCCAGCAUGUAAUCGAUGUGCAGAUACUGAUUGAUGGAAAAUACUACCAUGCAGAUCAGUUGGUACAGAGGGUCGCAAAACUGCGCGAUGAAAUUAUGGCCUUAAGGAAUGAAUGUUCCUCAGUGUACAGCAAAGGACGCAUGCUGACGACAGAACAGACGAAGCUCAUGAUAUCAGGAAUCACUCAAAGUUUAAACUCAGGAUUUGCACAGACCUUAAACCCCAGUCUGAACUCAGGGCUGACCCAGAGUUUAACGCCUUCCCUGACCCCUUCUAGUGUGAAAUCUGGCCUGUCAUCAGGUCUGACUUCCCGCCUGACUCCAUCCCUCACUCCAGUUUAUACACCUGGUUUCCCAACAGGAUUAGUUCCAAAUUUUAAUUCAGGAGUAGAGACAAAUGCAUUGCAAACCCUGAAGUUGAUGCAGAUCCGAAAGCCCCUUCUAAAGUCUUCUUUGUUGGAUCAGAACUUAACAGAAGAGGAAAUCAACAUGAAAUUUGUUCAGGAUCUUUUGAAUUGGGUUGAUGAGAUGCAGGGGCAGCUGGACCGCACUGAAUGGGGAUCAGAUUUGCCAAGUGUUGAAAGCCAUUUAGAAAAUCAUAAAAAUGUUCACCGAGCUAUUGAAGAAUUUGAAUGUAGCCUUAAAGAAGCUAAGAUCAGUGAGAUCCAAAUGACGGCGCCUCUUAAGCUAACUUACGCAGAAAAGUUGCACAGGUUAGAGAGUCUGUAUGCAAAACUGUUGAACACAUCCAGGAAUCAGGAACGGCACCUUGAUACCCUCCAUAAUUUUAUAACUCGUGCCACGAAUGAACUUAUUUGGUUGAAUGAAAAAGAAGAAGAGGAAGUUGCUUAUGACUGGAGUGAAAGAAAUACCCACAUAUCCCGGAAAAAAGAUUACCAUGCUGAAUUAAUGAGAGAACUGGAGCAAAAGGAAGAAAAUAUUAAGUCAGUUCAGGAGAUAGCAGAGCAGCUACUUCUGGAAAACCACCCAGCCCGAUUAACUAUUGAGGCCUACCGAGCGGCAAUGCAGACACAGUGGAGCUGGGUCUUGCAGCUCUGCCAGUGUGUGGAGCAGCACAUAAAGGAGAACACCGCCUAUUUCGAGUUUUUCAAUGACGCCAAAGAAGCCACUGAUUACUUGAGGAAUCUGAAAGAUGCCAUUCAGCGGAAGUACAGCUGUGAUAGAUCCAGCAGCAUUCACAAGCUGGAAGACCUUGUUCAGGAAUCAAUGGAGGAGAAAGAAGAGCUCUUGCAGUAUAAAAGCACAGUGGCAAGCCUGGUGGGGAGAGCAAAAACCAUAAUUCAGCUGAAGCCAAGGAAUCCUGACUGUCCACUCAAAACAUCUAUUCCAAUCAAAGCCAUCUGUGACUACAGACAAAUUGAGAUAACCAUUUACAAAGACGAUGAAUGUGUUCUGGCAAACAACUCUCAUCGCGCUAAAUGGAAGGUCAUCAGCCCCACAGGGAAUGAGGCCAUGGUCCCCUCUGUGUGCUUCUCAGUCCCUCCACCAAACAAAGAAGCUGUUGACUUUGCAAACAGAAUUGAACAACAGUACCAGAAUGUCCUAACUCUUUGGCAUGAGACUCACAUAAACAUGAAGAGUGUAGUAUCCUGGCACUAUCUCAUCAACGAAAUUGAUAAAAUUCGAGCUAGCAAUGUGGCUUCAGUAAAGACAAUGUUACCUGGUGAACAUCAGCAAGUACUGAGUAAUCUACAGUCUCGUUUUGAAGAUUUUCUGGAAGAUAGCCAGGAAUCCCAGAUAUUUUCAGGCCCAGAUAUCACACAGCUGGAAAAGGAGGUUAAUGUGUGUAAGCAGUAUUACCAAGAACUUCUGAAAUCUGCAGAAAGAGAGGAGCAAGAGGAAUCAGUUUAUAAUCUCUACAUCUCUGAAGUGAGAAACAUUAGACUGCGGUUAGAGAACUGUGAAGAUCGGUUGAUCAGACAGAUCCGAACUCCACUGGAAAGAGACGAUUUGCAUGAAAGCGUGUUCAGAAUCACAGAGCAGGAGAAACUAAAGAAAGAGCUGGAGCAUCUUAAAGAUGAUUUGGGAACAAUCACAAAUAAAUGUGAAGACUUUUUCAGUCAGGCAGCAGCCUCUACAUCAGUCCCUACCUUACGCUCUGAGCUGAGUGUGGUCCUUCAGAACAUGAACCAAGUCUACUCUAUGUCUUCCAUCUACAUAGAGAAGUUGAAAACUGUUAAUUUGGUGUUAAAAUACACUCAAGCUGCAGAAGCCCUUGUAAAACUGUAUGAAAUGAAACUGUGUGAAGAAGAAGCAGUGACAGCAGACAAGAAUAAUAUUGAGAAUCUAAUAAGUACUUUAAAGCAAUGGCGGGCUGAAGUAGAUGAAAAGAGAGAGGUAUUCCACUCAUUGGAGGAUGAGCUGCAGAAGGCUAAAGCCAUCAGUGAUGAAAUGUUUAAGACAUACAAAGAACGGGACCUUGAUUUUGACUGGCACAAAGAAAAGGCUGAUCAGUUAGCCGAAAGGUGGCAAAAUGUUCAUGUUCAGAUUGACAACAGGUUACGGGACUUAGAAGGCAUUGGCAAAUCGCUGAAGUACUACAGAGAUACCUAUCACCCUUUAGAUGACUGGAUCCAACAAGUUGAAAUUACUCAGAGGAAGAUUCAGGAAAAUCAGCCUGAAAAUAGUAAAACCCUAGCCACACAGCUGAAUCAACAGAAGAUGCUGGUGUCAGAAAUAGAAAUGAAACAGAGCAAAAUGGAUGAAUGUCAAAAAUAUGCAGAACAGUACUCAAUUGCGGUGAAGGACUACGAAUUACAAACAAUGACCUACCGGGCCAUGGUAGAUUCACAACAAAAGUCUCCAGUGAAACGCCGGAGAAUGCAGAGCUCCGCAGAUCUCAUCAUCCAAGAGUUCAUGGACCUACGAACACGAUAUACUGCUCUGCUCACCCUCAUGACACAAUAUAUUAAAUUUGCUGGUGAUUCAUUGAAGAGGCUGGAAGAGGAAGAGAAGUCACUGGAAGAAGAAAAAAAAGAGCAUGUUGAAAAAGCCAAAGAAUUACAGAAAUGGGUGUCAAAUAUCAGCAAGAUGUUGAGAGAUGGAGAGAAGGCUGGGAAAUCUCCCUUCUCUAAGCAAAAGAUUUCCAGUGAAGAAAUAUUAACCAAGAAGGAACAAUUAUCGGAGGCACUUCAAACCAUGCAGAUAUUUUUGGCUAAACAUGGAGACAAAUUGACAGAUGAAGAAAGAAAUGAACUGGAAAAACAAAUGAAAACUCUCCAAGAAAGUUAUAAUUUAUUCUUUAGUGACUCUCUGAAACAACUACAAGAAUCACAAACCACAGGAGAUGUAAAGGUAGAAGAGAAGCUGGAUAAAGUGAUUGCAGGCACCAUUGACCAGACAACUGGAGAAGUCCUUUCCAUCUUUCAGGCAGUUUUAAAAGGCCUUAUCGACUAUGACACAGGAAUAAGGUUGCUUGAGACACAGCUAAUGAUUUCCGGUCUAAUUUCACCAGAAUUAAGGCAAUGCUUUGACCUCAGAGGUGCCAAAAGUCAAGGCCUCAUUGAUGAACAAGUUCUGUGCCAACUCAAAGAACUGAAUCAAGCAAAGGAGAUUAUUUCUGCUGUGCCUUCCACCACAAUUCCAGUGCUGGAUGCUCUGGCUCAAGGCGUGAUAUCAGAGUCCAUGGCCAUCAGAGUUCUUGAGAUACUGCUGUCCACAGGCUCACUAGUCAUUCCAGUCACAGGGGAGCAGUUGACCCUCCAGAAGGCUUUCCAACAGAACAUGGUUUCCUCAGCAUUAUUUUCUAAAGUCUUGGAAAGGCAAAAGAUGUACAAAGACCUUAUCGAUCCAUGUACCUCUGAGAAGGUGUCUUUAGUAGAUAUUAUGGAAAGAAGUAUUUUACAGGAAAACACUGGGUUGCGGCUUCUACCUGUGAGGCCACAAGAAGGAGGCAGAAUAACUUUAAAAUGUGGAAGGAGCAUUAGCAUUUUAAGGGCAGCUCAUGAAGGUCUCAUAGACCGUGAAACCAUGUUUCGGUUGUUAGGUGCACAGCUUUUUUCUGGAGGUCUGAUCAAUUGCAACUCUGGUGAAAGAAUGACUGUUGAAGAAGCUGUGGCAGAUGGGGUGAUUGACAGAGAUACUGCUAACAGCAUUCUAACAUACCAGGUUCAGACAGGUGGGAUCAUCCACUCAAACCCUGCCAAACGUUUAACUGUAGAUGAAGCAGUCCAGUGUGAUUUAAUAACUUCGAGCAGUGCUCUUUUGGUACUCGAGGCUCAGCGAGGCUAUGUUGGACUCAUUUGGCCUCACUCUGGUGAAAUAUUUCCCGCAUCUUCUUCCCUGCAGCAGAAAUUGAUUACAAAUGAAUUGGCUUACAAAAUCCUGAAUGGUAGGCAGAAAAUAGCUGCUCUUUAUAUUCCAGAAACUUCUCAAGUCAUCGGUUUAGAUGUGGCGCAGCAGUUAGGAAUUAUAGAUAACAACACAACAUUGAUUUUAAAAAGUAUAAUGCUGCCCGAUAAAAUGCCAGAUUUGGGAGAUUUAGAAGCCUGUAAGAAUGCCAGAAGAUGGCUCUCUUUUUGUAAAUUCCAACCAUCUAUAGUCCAUGAUUAUAGGCAAGAAGAAGAUAGUUUUGAUGGAGAAGAGCCAGUGGCAACUCAGAGUUCAGAACAGACUAAAAAAAUGUUCCUGUCUUACUUGAUGAUUAAUAGCUACAUGGAUGCAAACACAGGGCAGAGGCUGUUGCUGUAUGAUGGAGACUUGAAUGAGGCUGUUGGUAUGCUACUAGAAGGCUGUAGUACAGAAUUUGAUGAGGAUACACCCAUAAAGGAAUGUAUUGAUGCCUUAAGACUCCCUGGCAUAUUUCUGAAUAAUGCCCCAAGUAAAGAAAUGGAUGAAAGUAUAACUUCAUCAAGUAGUUUUGACAAAUGCCAUUGCGGAGAACCUAAACCUAAAGAAAUUCCUGAAAAUAGAAAGCAUGCCUUAGAAGAAGAGUUUAAUGAAAUGGGAACUAAUGUUCUCAGUGAAUUUUGUCAGUCGGAAAACCUGAUACAUAUAAUGGUAGCAGAUCAUAAAGUUAAGAAUUCAUCUAGCGUGAAUGUUCUCAAUUCUGCAUCCUAUUUUACACAGUCUGGACUUGCAGACUCUGAAAAUAUACCUAAAAACUGUGAAAGUCAAAGUCAACUUGAAAAAAAUGAACAUGCAGCUGAAUGUAGUCAUUCUAAAAAUAUGCAAAACCUUGAAAGUGACUUGACAACAAAUUCCAUAGUGAAAUCAAAAACUAGUAGCAUCUGUAACUUGAAAGAAACAGAGACUGAAGAUAAUAUAGACAAGGAGUCACCUGUCUUUGACUAUUCCCCCAGGCUGAGUGCCUUAUUAAGUCAUGAUAAACUGAGGAAUGAUUGGGGAAGUUUUAAUGAUUUACACACCGCAGAGAACAAUGGAAAUAAAUGGGAAGCCUCUACAGUGCCAUCCAACGACCAGUCCACAUUAUUGGGUCCAAGAAUGGGAGAAAAACCUCAAGACCAGUUUCUAGGAAUUGCAGCUAUUAACAUUAGUUUGAAGGAAGAACACUGUGGACAAAAAUCUUUAAAUACUGCUCAUAGUGAUCCCCAGGUACAAUAUCACAGUGACAAAGCUAUUUCAGAUACUAGUGGGGAAGAUGAAAAAAUGCAUGCUGCUUCUCAACAGAAACCUGAAGACAUGCAAAAUGAGUCCGCAGUGGAGGAGUUCUCCUGUGCCGUAACACCAACAGGUGAUCCUGAUCAUGCCAGUGCAUCUCGUGUUUAUGGCACAUCAUCGCUUGAAGAAACUGCUGGUGCUGGUGACUAUGAAAUGUCCCUACUGGAUGAUCAGCAGAGGGACACCGAAACAGACACUGAUAGCGACGAUGAUUUUUAUGAUACUCCCUUGUUUGAAGACGAUGACCAUGAUUCUCUGCUUCUUGAAAGUGAUGAUUGUGAUUGUCUGCAACCCGAGGACUAUGACACACUGCAAGAGGAAAAUGAUGGGGCUGCCUGUCCUGGCAGUGUUUUUUAUGAUGUUCCCAGAGAGGAUGAAAAGCCUAUGGUGAUUCAGGGGGGGCUAGUUGAUAGCUUAAGAGUGAGGGGGAAAGCCCAGUCUUUUCAGGAUUGUCUCAUAGGUAUGGAGAAAGCGGAAUUAGAUUCUGAUGAAAGAAUACCUUUAAAUUCAGUCGGCUCAUCUAAGAUCAACGAACAGUUGUUGGAAACUGAAUCAGAAAGGGAAAGUACAGAUAAUCUAGAAGGUGAUGAGUCUGACUUACUGACUGAUUCUGAAAUAGUGGGAAGGAACGAUAGCUUCAGUGCUUCAUUAAAAUUUGAUGACACUGGCUGUUGGGGAGGGAGAAAAGAAGAAGGAUAUGUAACUGGACAAGAAUUGAAAUCUGAUACUGAUCAUUUUGAUUCUAUGCAAUAUGAAGAAAGUUAUGGGGAUUAUUUGUGUGACAGUAAUGGUCAGAAUGAUGACGAUGAUGAUGAUGAUGAUGAUGAUGAUGAUGAUGAUGAAGAAGAAGAAGAAGAAGAAGAAGAAGAAGAAGAAGAAGAAGGAGUAGGAGAUGAGAAGGAAAAGACCAUGUACCAAGAUGAGGCUGAUGGUAUGGAUAUCCAGUUGUGUGCUGCCACUGUGAAAGAAAGGGAAAACAGCCAUGAAAAUCAAAGUAUUAAUGAAAUGAUUCUCCUGAGUAAAAAGCAAAAUUAUAGUUCUCUAGAAAAACAGCAAAGUAUAAAUGUUUUACAGCGAGAACCAAGUAGUAAAAGCUUAGUUACUGAAAGAGGCAACCUUCCAGAAUAUACAACUGAGGUGGUUGGAAGAAGCAAAGAAAAUCUGUUGAGUCCUGAGAUGGCCGUUAAGGAUAUAUUGCUGCCUACCGUUAAAGACACUGAAUCAGAACCCACCUUUGGCCCUGGAAGUAUUUUACAUAACACUGAUAUUCGUUCAACUUCUGAUCAAAUCAUUGGCUCUGAGACUGUUUUAAUAGGAAAACCUGCUGAGGAAAGCCAUUUGUCAUCUGUGGACUCUGUAACUGAUAAAGAUCAUCAAGGAAAUGGAAGAGAUGUAAUGAAAAAGAGAGAUGACAAAAGCAAUAUACUAACAGAAGAUGAAACAUCAAUUCAUAAAAUGUUCCCAGGUAAAGGAGAAGGGCUUAUGGAAGGUCAAGCAGAAGAUGAUAAACAUCUCAAUCUUUUGUCUAGUGAAAGUACGAGGGAGAGUCUUGAUUUAGUUACUCAGUUUCUGUUUCCACAGAUCACAACCAAUGAAGGACAUAAUCAUAAAGGAAGCCUUAAAAAAACAACUGUAGCUCUUAAAGAUGAACCAAAGAAUCUACAAACAAUUGUGAGUCAAAGUCCUGUUUCAUUUGGGAAUGUUGAAGAAAUAUUUGACUCAUCAGCUUCCAAAGUGAUCAGUGACAUUACUUCAGAUGUAUUGUCUGAAGGGAAUACAACGACUGAGAAUGAAUCACUCACUGAUGGACCUGAGAAAGAACUUGAUCUGUUUACUUAUUUAAAACAUUGUGCAAAAGAUGUAAAAGCAAAAGAUGUAUUGAAGCCACAUGAGGAUAUCCCAAGUGGUACUCUAAUAGCUUCCCCUCCCAUGAAAGAACACUUAGAGUUAGGAGUUGAUAAUGCAAAAGAGAAAGCAACCCUGACUCAAGAAGACUCACCUCUAGAUGAGAUGGCUCAACAGAAUGACCUUUGUACUAAAGAAUGUACCUCAGAAGGAGGAGCGGAAAUGCCUCAGUUCACACCAGAAAGAAAGGAAAGCACACUUUCAAUCUUACCUCUGAGAAAUGUGGAAGGCCUUGGAAUAAGAAGUGGUAACUCCAGUAACACUUUAAGCACAGACUGCACAUUCUCAGAAAUGAACCAUGAGAAAGAAAUAAUCAAGCAACAGCCACGAGAACAAGCCUUGUCUCCAGGAUUUCACGAAAAAGAGGUUCAGACCCCUGAAUUAUGUCAGGCAUUUGUUGAGGAUGUCAAGGACAUCUUAAAAAGUAGGUUGAAUGAAGGUCAUAUGAAUUCUCAAGAGGUUGGAGAACCUUCAGCUUGCGAGGAUACUGAAAUGUUAAUUCAAAGCUUAAUUAAAAGGGUUAGCACAUCACAGUUGGUAAAGGAUGCAGCUAGUCUGCCCAGCGACGACUCUAAGAUCAGUGACUGUACUGGAAUUUCCCUCAUGAAUAACUCACCAGAACUAAGAGCAGAGAGUAGAGAUGAUCCGUUCUGUAUUGCAAAUCUUCAGUCUGAGCUUCUCCUUGAUAUACUUAAGCAAAAUCAGUAUAGCCAGAAAAUUACAGGAGCAUUUGAAUUGAUAAAAGAAUUAACGCAGAUGGAGUAUGAUCUAGAGAAAAGAGGUAUGACAUCUAAGGUAGUUCCACUGCAACUUGAAAAUAUUUUCUAUAAGCUGCUUGCUGAUGGCUACUCAGACAAAGCAGAACAGGUUGGAAACUUGAAUCAAAAAUCAUCUACUACUUUUGAGACGGUGCAUGAAAAACCACACAUUGUUAAUGAUCAUAAAAGCAAAGAAGGAAACCACAGUUCCCUUAAUUUACAGAAUAUAAAAGAAAUUGGACCAGAAAACUCUACUGUACGUGCAUCAGCCUUGUCAAGAGAUGAGAAGCUGGAGGAACAAUGCAAUGAUUUCCCAGACCAUCUGGAAUGUAUUUCAGGGUCAAAAGACAUGACUUCUGGAGAUAGCUCAAUGGAACAAUUAUCCAAUGAGCUACAGCAGUGUUUACAGCACACAUCAAAAAUGCACGAGUAUUUGGCUUUGCUUCAAGAUAUGAAGCCUCCCUUAGACAACCAAGAGUCUCUGGAUAACAGUCUAGAAGCUUUGAAGAAUCAGCUUAAGCAGUUAGAGACAUUUGAAUUGGGAUUGGCUCCAAUUGCUGUUAUUUUAAGAAAGGACAUGAAGUUGGCAGAAGAAUUUUUAAAGUCUCUUCCCAGUGACUUCCCCAGAAACCAUCGUGAGGAAUUGAGUGUAAGCCUCCAAAGUUUACAGAACGCCUUCUCUUCCCUCAGCGACGUAUCUUCAGAAAGAAUGAAACACCUUGUUCUGGCGAUUGACAGUGAAAUGUCGAAACUAGCCAUUUCCCAUGGAGAAUUUCUGCACAAACUGAAGUCGUUCUCACACUGGAUAUCAGAGAAGAGCAAAUUGGUGAAGGACAUGGAGCCAGUGAAUGUUCAAGAUACUGAGCAUGUAAAGAAAAGUUUGGAGUUUCUCAAGAACGUGUUAAAGGAGCUUGGACACACCAGAAUGCAGCUGGACACUACUGCCUUUGAUGUGCAGUUCUUCAUUUCUGAAUAUGCUCAAGAUCUGUCUCCCAGCCAGAGCAAACAGCUGCUGAGGCUCUUAAAUACAACUCAGAGGUGUUUUCUUGAUGUGCAGGAAUCAGUAACUACCCAGGUGGAACAUUUAGAGGCUCAGUUACAGCUAGAACAAGAUCUUGAUGAUCAGAAGAUCGUGGCAGAGCGCCAGCAGGAGUACAAAGAGAAACUCCAAGGAAUAUGUGAUCUCCUUACUCAGACUGAAAACCGCCUGAUUGGGCACCAGGAAUCCUUCGUGAUUGGCGACGGCACAGUUGAGUUAAAGAAGUACCAGUCCAAGCAAGAGGAAUUACAGAAAGAUAUGCAAGGAAGUGCACAGGCAUUGGCAGAAAUAGUGAAAAACACAGAGAACUUCCUGAAAGAGAAUGGUGAAAAGCUGUCACGGGAAGAUCAGGCUUUGAUUGAAGAGAAACUUAAGGAAGCUAAGAUAAAGUGUGAACAACUCAAUUUAAAGGCGGAGCAGUCGAAAAAGGAGCUGGAGAAAGCUGUGACGACAGCAAUCAAGGAAGAGACGGAAAAGGUUGCAGCUGUGAAGCAGCUGGAAGAGAGCAAAACCAAAAUAGAAAACCUUUUGGACUGGUUGUCACAUGUUGACAAAGACUCAGAAAGGGCGGGGAUAAAACAGAAACAGGUGAUUGAACAGAACGGGACUCAUUUCCAAGAAGGUGACAGCAAGUCGGAGAUGGGAGAAGAGGACGAAGUUAAUGGUAACCUGUUGGAAACUGAUGUGGAUGGGCCGGUUGCAACCACUGAGGAGAAUCUGAACCAGCAAUACCAGAAAGUUAAGGCCCAACACGAGAAGAUCAUCUCUCAGCAGCAAGCCGUCCUCCUGGCCACUCAGUCUGCACAAGCCUUGCUGGAGAAGCAGGGUCACUAUCUCUCUCCCGAGGACAAAGAGAAACUGCAGAAGAACAUGAAGGAACUGAAAGCGCACUACGAAACUGCACUGGCCGAGUCGGAGAAGAAAAUGAAGUUAACACAUUCUCUGCAGGAGGAAUUGGAGAAGUUCGACACGGAUUAUGGAGAGUUCGAGCACUGGCUGCAGCAGUCGGAGCAAGAGCUGGAAAACCUGCAGGCGGGGGCAGAUGACUUCAGUGGUUUAAUGACCAAACUGAAGAGGCAGAAGAGCUUCUCAGAAGAUGUUAUUUCUCACAAAGGCGACUUGAGGUACAUCACAAUUUCUGGAAACAGGGUGCUGGAAGCAGCCAAGUCUUGCAGCAAAAGAGAUGGCGGUGCCCAGGCCGACCUGCAUAAUACUGACACUUCUGCCGCUCACAGAGAAGUCCAGAGCAAAUUGGAUCGUGCCACGGAUCGGUUCAGGUCUCUCUACUCUAAGUGCAGUGUCCUUGGGAAUAAUCUUAAAGACCUGGUGGAUAAGUAUCAACACUAUGAAGAUGCUUCAUGUGGACUUCUUUCUGAGCUCCAGGCCUUCGAGGUCACAGCCAGCAAACACUUGUCUGAACCCAUUGCUGUGGACCCUAAAAACCUGCAAAGGCAGUUAGAAGAGACCAAGGCUCUGCAAGGACAGAUAUCAAGUCAGCAGGUGGCUGUAGAGAAACUGAAGAAAACAGCCGAAGUGCUUUUAGAUGCCAGGGGAUCUCUACUUCCAGCCAAGAAUGAUAUUCAGAAGACACUGGAUGACAUCGUGGGGAGAUACGACGAUCUGUCCAAGUGUGUGAAUGAACGAAAUGAGAAGCUCCAGAUAACCCUGACCCGCUCGCUGAGUGUGCAGGACGGCCUGGACGAGAUGCUGGACUGGAUGGCAGGUGUGGAGAGUUCUCUGCAGGAACCAGGCCAGGUGCCCUUGAACUCUGCUGCUCUUCAGGAUGUCAUCAGCAAGCACAUUAUGUUGGAACAGGACAUCGCGAGUCGCCAGAGCAGCAUAAAUGCCAUGAACGAGAAAGUGAAGAAAUUUAUGGAAACAACAGACCCGUCCACCGCAUCCUCACUGCAAGCCAAAAUGAAGGACCUGUCUGUUCGGUUUUCAGAAGCAAGUCAUAAACACAAAGAGAAACUGGCCAGCAUGGAGGAGCUGAAAACCAAAGUAGAACGGUUUGAGAGCCUCUCAGAAAAGCUUCAGACAUUUUUAGAGGCAAAAACUCAGGCUCUCACAGAGGCAGAUGUGCCAGGAAAAGACGUUACAGAACUGUCUCAGUAUAUGCAGGAAUCGACUUCUGAAUUCUUAGAACACAAAAAAGAUCUUGAAGUUUUGCAGAGUCUCUUAAAGGAGAUAUCCAACCAUGGCUUACCAGGUGAUAAGGCCCUGGUGUUUGAAAAAACAAAUAAUUUGUCAAAGAAAUUUAAAGAAAUGGAGGAUACCAUCAAAGAAAAAAAAGAAGCUGUGUCUUCUUGUCAAGAACAGAUGGACGCCUUCCAGGUCCUUGUUAAAUCAUUAAAGUCCUGGAUCAAAGAAACAACAGAAAGAGUUCCCAUCGUGCAGCCUUCCUUCGGUGCAGAGGAUUUAGAAAAAUCGUUGGAAGAAACUAAGAAAUUACAAGAGAAGUGGAGUUUGAAAACACCAGAGAUUCAGAAAGUAAACGACAGUGGGAUUUCACUAUGUAACCUAAUAAGUGCCGUGACUACUCCGGCAAAGGCAAUAGCAGCAGUUAAAUCAGGUGGAGUAAUAUUAAAUGGUGAAGGGACAGCCACCGAUACUCAGGAAAUUUUGGCAAAUAAAGGAUUAACAUCUAUUAAAAAAGACAUGACUGACAUAAGCCACAGUUAUGAAGAUCUUGGCCUCUUACUUAAGGACAAAAUAGCCGAACUGAGUACUAAACUCACCAAAUUGCAAAAGGCUCAGGAAGAAUCAAGUGCAAUGAUGCAGUGGUUACAGAAGAUGAACAAAACUGCAGCAAAAUGGCACCAGGCACCUACACCUACAGAUACCGAAGCUGUGAAGACCCAAGUUGAGCAGAAUAAGUCAUUUGAGGCAGAACUGAAACAAAAUGUAAACAAAGUCCAGGAGCUGAAAGACAAGUUGACAGAGCUGUUGGAGGAGAACCCAGACACUCCUGAGGCCCCCAAAUGGAAGCAGAUGUUGACAGAAAUAGAUUCUAAGUGGCAAGAACUCAAUCAAUUGACAGUUGAUAGACAACAAAAACUAGAAGAAUCCUCUAAUAAUCUAACUCAGUUCCAGACCGGAGAGGCUCAGUUAAAACAGUGGCUUGUGGAAAAAGAACUGAUGGUCAGUGUUCUUGGGCCCUUGUCCAUUGACCCAAAUAUGCUGAACACACAAAGGCAGCAGGUGCAGAUUCUGCUGCAAGAAUUUGAUACCCGGAAACCUCAGUAUGAGCAGCUCACGGCAGCGGGCCAGGGCAUUCUGAGCCGACCUGGUGAACACCCUGCUUUCCAUGGGAUUGUGAGAGAGCAGCUAGCAGCUGUGACCCAGAAAUGGGACAGCCUCACAGGACAGUUGAGUGACAGAUGUGACUGGAUCGACCAAGCCAUUGUCAAAAGCACACAGUACCAAAGCCUGCUGAGAAGCCUUUCUGAUAAACUGGGGGACUUGGACAACAAGCUCAGCAGCAGUGUGGCUGUGAGCACACACCCUGAUGCUAUGAACCAGCAGUUGGAAACAGCCCAAAAAAUGAAGCAGGAAAUAGAGCAGGAGGCGAAGCAGAUACAAGUGGCCCAGGCCCUCUGUGAGGAGCUGUCAGCCCUGGUUAAAGAGGAGUACCUGAAAGCAGAACUCAGUCGGCAGCUAGAAGGCAUCUUAAAGUCAUUCAAGGAUAUUGAACAAAGAGCAGAGCAUCAUGUCCAGCACCUUCAGUUGGCCUGUGCCAGCUCUCAUCAGUUUCAGCAGAUGUCUAGAGAUUUUCAGGCUUGGCUGGAUACAAAGAAGGCAGAACUACACAAGUCCCACCCAGUAUCAGCUAAACUCGAUGUCUUGGAGUCCUUAAUGAAAGAUCAGAAAGACUUUAAUAAAACAUUGACUACUCAGUCUAGUAUUUAUGAAAAAACCAUUGCAGAAGGUGAAAAUCUGUUAUUAGAAACACAAGGGUCUGAGAAGGCAGCCUUACAGUUACAACUUAACACAAUUAAAACCAAUUGGGAUGGAUUUAAUAAGCAGGUGAAAGAAAGAGAAGACAAGGUAAAAGAUUGCUUGGGGAAAGCCCUCAAGUAUAAAGAACACGUGGAGACUCUCCGGCCGUGGAUAGAUAAAUGUCAAAAUAGCCUGGAGGAGAUAAAAUUUUACCUGGAUCCUGCUGAAACAGAGAAUUCUAUUGCCAAGUUAAAGUCUCUGCAGAAGGACAUGGACCAGCACUUUGGGAUGGUGGAAUUGCUGAACAACGCAGCUAACAGCUUGCUCAGUGUCUGUGAGACCGAUAAAGAGGUGGUUACAGAAGAGAAUAAAUCACUGAACCAGAAGGUAGACGUGGUCACUGAACAACUUCACACUAAGAAAUUCUCUCUGGAGAACAUGGCCCAGAAGUUUAAAGAAUUUCAAGAAGUGUCCAAAGAAGCUAAAAGGCAGCUUCAGUGUGCAAAGGAACAGCUAGAGGCCCAUGAGUCUCUAGGACCCCAGGCUUACAGUAGCAAAUACCUGACCAUGUUGCAGACACAGCAGAAAUCACUUCAGACCUUGAAGCAACAGGUAGAUUUGGCCAAAGGCCUUGCACAGGACCUGGUGGCGGAAGCCUCAGACUCAAAGGGAGCCUCUGAUGUUUUAUUACAAGCAGAAACCUUAGCUCAAGAGCAUAAUGUCCUAAGCCAGCAGGUUGAUGAGAAGUGUUCAUUCUUAGAAACCAAGCUUCAGGGUAUUGGACAUUUCCAGAAUACCAUCCGGGAAAUGUUUUCUCAGUUUGCAGAGUUUGAUGAUGAACUAGAUAGCAUGGCCCCAGUGGCGAGAGAUGUAGAGACGUUACAAAAGCAGAAGGAGGCCAUUACGGCCUUCCGGAAGAAACUAGAAGCCCUCAUAGCUAGCAACGACAAUGCCAACAAAACCUGCAAGCUGAUGCUGGCCACGGAAGAAACCUCUCCUGAUCUUGUGGGAAUCAAAAGGGACUUGGAGGCUCUCAGCAAACAGUGCAACAAGUUGCUGGACCGAGCACAAGCCAGAGAGGAGCAGGUGGACGGGACAAUUGAGCGUCUCAGCGAUUUCUACAGCAAAUUGAAGGAAUUUUCUACUCUGCUUCAGAAGGCCGAAGAACUUGAGGACUCUCAAGGCCCCGUUGCUAUGGAAACAGAGACCAUCAACCAGCAGCUUAAUGUGUUCAAGGUAUUCCAGAAAGAAGAGAUUGAACCCUUGCAGGUUAAACAGCAAGAUGUAAACUGGUUGGGCCAGGGCCUAAUUCAGAGUGCUGCUAACAGCACCAGCACCCAAGGUUUGGAGCAGGACCUGGACGAUGUCAAUGCCAGGUGGAAGACUCUCAAUAAAAAGGUGGCUCAGCGAGCAGCCCAGCUGCAGGAGGCCCUGCUGCACUGCGGGAGGUUCCAGGAUGCCUUGGAGUCCCUGCUCAGCUGGAUGGUGGACACCGAGGAGCUUGUGGCCAAUCAGAAGCCACCAUCGGCUGAGUUCAAAGUGGUGAAGGCCCAGAUACAAGAGCAAAAGCUUCUCCAAAGAUUGUUGGAUGACCGCAAAUCUACUGUAGAGGUAAUCAAACGAGAAGGAGAAAAAAUUGCUGCCACAGCAGAACCUGCAGAUAAAGUAAAGAUUUUGAAACAACUGAGUCUCUUGGAUAGUAGAUGGGAGGCAUUGCUUAAUAAAGCUGAAACAAGGAAUCGUCAGUUGGAAGGUAUCUCGGUGGUAGCACAACAAUUUCAUGAAACCUUAGAACCACUGAAUGAGUGGCUUACAACCAUAGAAAAGAGGCUGGCGAAUUGUGAGCCCAUAGGAACCCAAGCGUCCAAACUGGAGGAACAAAUUGCACAGCACAAAGCCUUAGAAGAUGACAUCAUCAAUCACAACAAACAUUUACACCAGGCUAUUAGCAUUGGCCAAACCUUAAAGGUUUUGAGCUCCAGGGAGGAUAAAGAUAUGGUGCAGAAUAAAUUAGACUCCUCUCAAGUGUGGUACAUUGAGAUUCAAGAGAAGAGUCACAGCAGGUCUGAGCUCCUCCAGCAGGCCUUGUGUAAUGCUAAGAUUUUUGGGGAAGAUGAAGUGGAGCUGAUGAAUUGGCUGAAUGAAGUACAUGACAAACUGAGCAAGCUCUCAGUCCAGGAUUACAGCACUGAGGGUCUGUGGGAGCAGCAGUCUGAACUUCGGGUUCUGCAAGAGGACAUACUACUCAGAAAACAAAAUGUAGAUCAGGCAUUACUAAAUGGUUUAGAACUACUUAAACAAACAACAGGUGAUGAAGUUUUAAUAAUUCAAGAUAAAUUGGAAGCCAUUAAAGCAAGGUACAAAGACAUUACUAAAUUGAGCACGGAUGUAGCCAAGACCCUGGAACAGGCCCUGCAGCUUGCAAGCCGGCUGCACUGCACACACGAGGAGCUCUGCACCUGGCUGGACAGAGUGGAGGUGGAAUUGCUUUCAUAUGAGACUCAGGCUCUGAAGGGAGAAGCUGCAAGCCAAGCGCAAGCGCGACAAAAAGAGCUGAAAAAGGAAGCUAAGAGCUGCAAAGCCUUAUUGGAUUCCCUUAAUGAAGUGAGCAGUGCCUUACUGGAACUGGUGCCCUGGAGAGCGAGGGAGGGGCUUGAAAAAAUGGUGGCGGAGGACAAUGAGCGCUACCGAUUAGUGAGCGACACCCUCACUCAGAAGGUGGAGGAGAUCGAUGCUGCCAUUCUGAGAUCACAGCAGUUUGACCAAGCGGCCGAUGCCGAGAUAUCCUGGAUUACUGAAACAGAAAAGAAAUUGAUGUCUCUGGGUGACAUCAGGCUUGAGCAAGACCAGACGGCCGCUCAGCUGCAGGUUCAAAAGGCAUUUACCAUGGAAAUUUUGAGACACAAGGAUAUUAUUGAUGAACUUGUUAAAUCUGGACAUAAAAUCAUGACCACGUGCAGUGAAGAAGAAAAGCAAUCAAUGAAGAAAAAACUGGACAAGAUAUUGAAGAACUAUGACUCCAUCUGCCAGAUAAACUCAGAGAGAUAUCUACAGCUGGAACGGGCACAGUCCCUGGUUAACCAGUUCUGGGAAACAUAUGAAGAACUUUGGCCAUGGCUGACAGAAACACAAAGAAUCAUCUCUCAGCUCCCUGCCCCAGCCCUUGAGUAUGAAACUCUAAGACAACAACAGGAAGAACAUCGGCAACUGCGAGAGUUGAUAGCCGAACACAAGCCUCAUAUAGAUAAGAUGAACAAAACUGGGCCACAGUUAUUGGAACUGAGCCCAGAGGAGGGCUUUUCUAUCCAAGAGAAGUAUGUGGCAGCUGACAGCCUUUACAGUCAAAUUAAAGAAGAUGUCAAAAAGCGAGCUGUGGCCCUGGAUGAAGCCAUUUCUCAAUCUACUCAGUUCCAUGACAAGAUAGACCAGAUUCUUGAGAGCCUGGACCGCAUCGUGGAGCGCUUGAGGCAGCCGCCCUCCAUCUCUGCCGAGGUGGAGAAGAUCAAGGAGCAGAUCAGUGAAAACAAGAACGUGUCGGUGGACAUGGAGAAGCUGCAGCCAUUGUAUGAGACUCUUAAACAGCGGGGAGAGGAAAUGAUUGCUCGAUCUGGGGGCACUGAUAAAGACAUAUCUGCCAGAGCUGUUCAGGAUAAGCUUGACCAAAUGGUUUUCAUUUGGGAGAACAUACACACGCUGGUGGAAGAAAGGGAAGCCAAACUACUGGAUGUAAUGGAAUUAGCAGAAAAGUUCUGGUGUGAUCACAUGUCCUUGGUCGUGACCACAAAAGAUACUCAGGAUUUCAUCCGGGAUCUGGAGGAUCCUGGAAUUGAUCCCUCCAUAGUGAAACAGCAGCAAGAAGCAGCAGAGGCCAUCAGGGAAGAAAUUGAUGGGCUCCAGGAAGAGCUGGAUAUCGUGAUUAACCUGGGCUCCGAACUCAUCACUGCGUGUGGGGAACCCGAUAAACCCAUUGUCAAGAAGAGUAUAGAUGAGUUAAAUUCAGCAUGGGAUUCUCUCAAUAAAGCUUGGAAAGACCGGGUGGACAGACUGGAGGAGGCGAUGAAGGCUGCUGUUCAGUACCAGGAUGGACUGCAGGCAAUAUUCGACUGGGUAGAUAUUGCAGGUGGUAAAUUAGCUGCAAUGUCUCCGAUCGGAACAGAUCUUGAAACUGUCAAGCAGCAGAUUGAAGAGCUGAAGCAAUUUAAGUCAGAGGCCUAUCAACAACAGAUAGAGAUGGAAAGACUGAACCAUCAAGCAGAGCUUUUGCUGAAGAAAGUAACAGAAGAAAGUGACAAACACACUGUUCAAGACCCAUUAAUGGAACUGAAAUUGAUAUGGGAUAGUCUGGAUGAGAGAAUUAUCAACAGACAGCAUAAGCUGGAGGGCGCCCUGUUAGCCCUGGGGCAGUUCCAACAUGCUCUGGACGAGCUCCUGGCGUGGCUGACACACACCGAGGGCUUGCUAAAUGAACAGAAACCUGUGGGAGGAGACCCUAAGGCCAUUGAAAUCGAACUUGCCAAGCAUCACGUGCUCCAAAAUGAUGUAUUAGCUCAUCAGUCCACAGUGGAAGCUGUUAAUAAAGCAGGAAAUGAUCUCAUUGAAUCAAGUGCAGGAGAAGAAGCAAGCAGCCUUCAGAACAAACUAGAGGUUUUGAAUCAACGCUGGCAAAAUGUUUUGGAAAAAACAGGACAACGGAAGCAGCAGCUGGAUGGUGCCUUGCGCCAGGCCAAAGGGUUCCAUGGCGAAAUUGAGGAUUUGCAGCAGUGGCUGACCGACACGGAGCGCCAUCUGUUAGCAUCCAAACCCCUGGGAGGUUUACCAGAAACGGCCAGGGAGCAGCUUAAUGCCCACAUGGAAAUCUGUGCCGCCUUUGAUGUGAAAGAAGAAACAUAUAAGAGUCUGAUGCAGAAAGGCCAACAGCUGCUUGCAAGAUGCCCCGAAUCUGCAGAGACAAAUAUUGACCAAGACAUAAAUAACUUGAAAGAAAAAUGGGAAUCGGUGGAAACCAAACUCAAUGAAAGGAAAACUAAACUGGAAGAAGCCCUCAACUUGGCAAUGGAGUUCCACAAUUCUCUCCAAGACUUCAUCAACUGGCUCACCCAGGCUGAACAGACCCUAAAUGUUGCUUCUCGGCCAAGUCUUAUCUUGGACACAGUCUUGUUUCAAAUCGAUGAACACAAGGUCUUCGCCAAUGAAGUAAAUUCUCACCGUGAGCAGAUAAUAGAGCUGGAUAAAACUGGAACCCACCUGAAAUAUUUUAGCCAGAAACAAGAUGUUGUCCUCAUUAAGAAUCUGCUCAUCAGUGUCCAGGGUCGAUGGGAAAAAGUGGUUCAACGGUUAGUAGAAAGAGGAAGAUCUUUGGAUGAAGCAAGGAAGAGGGCCAAGCAGUUCCAUGAAGCUUGGACUAAACUUAUGGAGUGGCUAGAGGAGUCGGAAAAGUCUUUGGAUUCUGAACUGGAAAUUGCCAACGAUCCAGACAAACUAAAGACACAACUCUCGCAGCAUAAGGAGUUUCAGAAAUCCCUUGGAGCCAAGCAUUCUGUGUACGACACCACCAACAGAACUGGACGUUCUCUGAAGGAGAAAACCUCCCUGGCUGAUGACAACCUGAAACUGGACGACAUGCUGAGUGAGCUCCGAGACAAGUGGGACACGAUCUGUGGAAAGUCCGUGGAAAGACAAAACAAAUUGGAGGAAGCGCUGUUAUUUUCCGGACAAUUCACAGAUGCCCUGCAGGCCCUCAUUGAUUGGUUAUAUAGAGUGGAGCCCCAGCUGGCAGAAGACCAGCCUGUCCAUGGAGACAUUGAUUUAGUGAUGAAUCUGAUCGAUAAUCACAAGGCCUUCCAAAAGGAACUGGGGAAGAGAACCAGCAGCGUGCAGGCCCUGAAGCGCUCGGCCCGGGAGCUCAUAGAAGGCAGCCGGGACGACUCCUCCUGGGUCCGGGUCCAGAUGCAGGAACUGAGCACACGCUGGGAGACCGUGUGCGCACUUUCUGUGUCAAAGCAAACUCGGUUAGAAGCAGCUCUGCGCCAGGCAGAGGAAUUCCAUUCGGUGGUGCAUGCCCUGUUGGAGUGGCUGGCUGAGGCGGAGCAAACCCUUCGUUUCCAUGGCGUUCUCCCAGAGGACGAGGAUGCUCUUCGGACUCUCAUUGAUCAGCAUAAAGAAUUCAUGAAGAAACUGGAGGAAAAACGAGCUGCCCUCAAUAAAGCGACCAGUAUGGGGGACGCCGUCCUGGCCAUCUGCCACCCCGACUCCAUCACCACCAUCAAGCACUGGAUAACCAUCAUCCGGGCCAGGUUUGAGGAGGUGCUGGCCUGGGCAAAGCAGCAUCAGCAGAGACUAGCAAGUGCUCUGGCUGGGCUCAUUGCCAAACAGGAGUUGCUGGAAGCUUUGCUGACUUGGCUGCAGUGGGCUGAAACCACGCUUAGUGAUAAGGACAAAGAAGCCAUCCCCCAGGAAAUUGAAGAGGUGAAGGCCCUCAUUGCAGAACACCAGACCUUCAUGGAGGAAAUGACCAGAAAACAGCCUGAUGUGGACAAAGUUACCAAGACCUACAAGAGGAGAGCAGCUGAUCCUUCCUCGUUGCAGUCCCACAUUCCCGUCUUGGAUAAGGGGCGAGCAGGAAGAAAACGCUUCCCAGCCUCCAGCUUAUAUCCCUCUGGGUCACAGACACAAAUUGAAACCAAGAAUCCCAGGGUCAACUUACUGGUGAGCAAAUGGCAGCAAGUCUGGCUCCUCGCAUUGGAAAGGAGGAGGAAGCUUAAUGACGCCUUGGACAGACUAGAGGAGCUGAGGGAAUUUGCCAACUUUGAUUUUGAUAUCUGGCGCAAAAAAUACAUGCGAUGGAUGAACCACAAGAAAUCUCGGGUGAUGGACUUCUUCAGGAGAAUUGAUAAAGACCAGGAUGGGAAAAUAACCCGACAAGAAUUUAUUGAUGGCAUUCUUUCCUCAAAGUUCCCUACCAGCCGCCUGGAGAUGAGCGCGGUGGCAGACAUCUUCGACAGAGACGGCGAUGGCUACAUUGACUACUAUGAGUUUGUGGCUGCCCUUCACCCAAAUAAGGAUGCAUACAAACCCGUCACCGAUGCUGACAAAAUCGAAGAUGAGGUGACGAGGGAGGUAGCUAAGUGUAAAUGUGCAAAACGAUUUCAAGUUGAACAGAUUGGAGACAACAAAUACAGGUUCUUCCUGGGAAAUCAGUUUGGAGACUCCCAGCAGCUGCGACUGGUCCGAAUCCUGCGAAGUACCGUGAUGGUUCGCGUCGGAGGCGGGUGGAUGGCACUGGAUGAGUUCUUGGUGAAAAACGAUCCUUGCAGGGUUCAUCAUCAUGGGACUAAAAUGUUACGUUCGGAAUCAAACUCUUCAAUUACUACUACUCAGCCUACUAUAGCGAAAGGAAGGACGAACAUGGAACUUCGGGAGAAGUUCAUUUUAGCAGACGGUGCCAGUCAGGGUAUGGCUGCUUUCCGACCCCGCGGCCGAAGAUCGCGGCCUUCAUCGCGUGGAGCUUCCCCCAACCGAUCAACAUCUGUGUCCAGUCCGGCUGUCCAGGCGGCCUCCCCGCAGGUCCAUGCCACCAGCACACCCAAGAUCCUCCAUCCUUUAACACGCAAUUAUGGUAAACCAUGGUUGACAAACAGCAAAAUGUCAACUCCUUGUAAGACAGCAGAGUGCUCAGACUUUUCCGUGCCAUCUGCAGAGGGAACACCAAUACAAGGAAGCAAGCUUCGACUUCCAGGAUAUUUAUCAGGGAAAGGCUUCCACUCUGGGGACGACAGUGGCUUGAUAACAACUGCAGCCGCCAGAGUCCGAACACAGUUUGCUGAUCCCAAGAAGACUCCCAGCCGACCAGGAAGCAGAGCGGGAAGCAAGGCUGGUAGCAGGGCCAGCAGCCGCCGAGGCAGUGAUGCGUCAGACUUUGACAUUUCAGAAAUCCAGUCCGUGUGCUCAGAUGUGGAGACUGCCCCCCAAACAUACAGACCUUCGCCCCGAGCAAGCUCUCGGCCGUCCACAGCCAAGCCUUCUAAAAUCCCUACACCCCAGAGGAAGUCACCGGCCAGCAAAUUGGACAAAUCCUCAAAAAGAUAGUGCCAUUGGUUCCACCAAGGCCCUUCCUUAAGCAUUUAUUAUUUAAGUUUUGAAAGAUGUAAAAUAUGAUGUAGAAAUUAUUGUGAAAUAUUGCAAGAGGUGAGUUUAAAAUUCUGCAGAUGGCCUUAUUUGUGUAUUUGUCUUUUUAUUUUAUCUGUAUAAUUUUUUGUCAGAUACUCUGGGGUUAAAGUCACAUUCUAUGUGAGGGGAAGGUAGAGUGUAACAUGCACUAACAUUUCUGCACUGUAACGUCGGGAGCACACACUAAAAUCAGUUCCCGUACCUGCAGGUAAGUCCACAUCCUCUAAAGCCACAGCCCUAUAUGGGUAGCUGACGUUAAGGAUACCUCAUGACUUUUUCUCGCUUUUGUGGAAACUCCGAAAUGGGGAAAGACACACACAAGGGAAUAUGUCAAGAUGAUUUUAAUGUAAACUAAAAGCUGGAGGGCAGAAAGACAGACACAUCCACACCCAGUUCUGUGAGUUGUAUCUGACAGAGAACUCCCAGGAAGUUACUCGGAAGCACCCACGAGAGCUAUGAUGGUCAGGACCCUUGCACCAUUUCUGUGCCAUUUCUUCACGUGAGGCCAGAGGUGUCCUGGACGGUAAACCUAUUAUACUGUAAAAAUAUCAUUAUAAAGUGCAUCCAUAUAACUGUGAGGUUUUCUUUUGCUUGAGUGGACAGUAGCACUUGUAUCAUUGAACUCAUUUUGUAUUAAAGCAAUUUUUGCUUGCAGAAAGCUAUGAAAUAAAACAUGUUCCUUAACCACAUUGCUAUGGAAUUAAUUUUUUUUCCCCCCCAGGGAAAAAUCCGUGUAUUUUUUUAUGAGCAAUAUCAAUUUGGAGUGACCAAAAGAUACUUAAAAAUGGGUUUAUUUUGAUUUCUCAUCUGAAAUAAUCAUGUUCUGGUAUUAUAUCUAUAUUUAAUAAAUAUAUACAUUUUAACUUAUUAUGUAUACUCACUAUAGAAAGAUAUUAGUAUGCAUUUAAUAAAACAUAUUCACUUGAACAUA